AUGGAUCAGGCGAUGGACGGUGCGAGGCUGCCCGUAGAGGCCUGGUUUUGGGAGACGCCUGUGUGCACGCGAUGGUGGACGACAGCGACGCUGCUGGCCAGUGCCCUUGUCCAGUGCCGCAUCGUCUCACCGUACCAACUCUUCUACAGCUACCGAGCUGUGUUUCAUAGAUCACAGUACUGGCGUCUUGUGACGUCCUUCCUCUACUUCGGCCCGUUUUCGAUCAAUUUGCUCUUCCACAUCUACUUCCUCCAGCGAUACUCGCGCCUUCUCGAAGAAUCAUCCGGUCGAUCGCCUGCUCAUUUCUCCUGGCUUUUGCUCUACGCAAUGUUUAGCCUAAUUAUCAUGUCCCCCCUCGUGUCUCUGCCUUUUCUCGGGCAUCCGCUUUCUUCGACCCUCGUAUAUAUCUGGUCCCGGAAAAACCCAGAUACGCAGCUCAGCUUCUUGGGCGUUCUUGUUUUCACCGCUCCGUACUUACCGUGGGUGCUGAUGGGCUUCAGCCUCAUAAUGCACGGAAAUGUCCCCAAGGACGAAAUUAUGGGUGUUGUCAUCGGACACAUCUGGUACUUUUUCACAGAUGUGUAUCCUCCUCUUCAUAACGACUCUCGGCCCUUGGAUCCUCCUAGGUGGUGGCGGAGACUUUUCGAGGGCAGACCUGCGCGGCCCUCGACCGACGACGUUGAUGAAAUGAUACACGCUGGUGUCCGCGAUGCCCCAGUCCCCGAAGCUCGCUAG